UAUAUCUUCCGGUUGUUACCAGUAUAUGGGCGACUCUAUGUUUCUACCAACUACUUGUGCUUCAAGAACAGCGGGCCGCUUGCUUCCAGAACUCGGUUGAUACUUCCUAUUCGAGAUAUUCUAUCCACCGAGAUCUCAAAGGCAUUCCGGUUUGCACACUAUGGGCUUAUUGUGAUCAUCAAAGGCUACGAAGAGCUCUUUCUCGAAUUCGGCCAGCAAGACCGUCGAGCAGCAUUUGUUCGCAUCCUUAACCGUCAGAUAGAGGAUGUUAGAAGGCGCGAUGCAAGGGGUGAACCAGUAACGCCUAGUCAGGGUCAACGAGAUGCCCUCAUCCUCGAGGAGUUUGUUUCCAAAACCACAUCCAAAGAGGAUUCUGAUCCUCCGCCCGCACCUGAGACUAUGACAAAUUCGCUUCCUGCUGUCAUGUUCACGUCGACCUCUUCGACUUUCUUGACCUUCAAACCCAAGAAUCCUCUGCGCUUCACUUUUCUGACUAUUGGCUCGCGGGGCGACGUGCAACCAUACAUCGCCUUAGCGAAAGGUUUGAUGGCCGAUGGUCAUCAUGUCAAGAUUGCCACUCACGGAGAAUUUCAGAGCUGGGUUGAAUCAUAUGGCAUCGAAUUCGGAUAUGUCGGUGGCGAUCCAACAGAACUCAUGCGUAUAUGUGUCGAGAAUGGUACUUUCACAGUAUCAUUCUUGCGCGAGGGUAUGCAGAAGUUCCGUGGCUGGAUUGACGACCUGCUGAAGACAGCAUGGGACGCAUGCCAGGAUACCGAUGUUCUCGUAGAGUCUCCUAGUGCUAUGGCAGGAUACCACAUCGCCGAGGCUCUCCGUAUUCCUUAUUUCAAGGCGUUUACAAUGACGUGGUCGAGGACCAGGGCCUAUCCCCACGCUUUCGCUGUUCCUGAAAGGAAGAUGGGAGGCAGUUAUAACUAUAUGACCUAUGUCAUGUUCGAUCAAGUCUUCUGGAGAGGUACCGCCGGUCAAAUCAAUCGCUGGCGCCGGAACACUCUGGGUCUCCCAAGCACUUCUUUGGACAAGAUGGAGCCUCAUAAGAUCCCUUUCUUGUACAACUUCAGUCCUAUCGUAGUUCCACCCCCCCUCGAUUGGCCUGAAUGGAUUCGCGUGACCGGAUACUGGUUUCUUGACGAUGCAAGUGUUGGCGCCAAGAAGUGGACGCCACCUCCUGACCUAGUCGAAUUCAUCGAUUCUGCGCAUAGCCAAGGGAAGAAGGUCGUGUACAUAGGGUUUGGCAGCAUCGUCGUCUCCGAUCCCAAGGCCAUGACCCGCUGUAUCGUCGAUAGCAUCGUGCAGGGCGGCGUACAUGCUAUAUUGUCCAAAGGCUGGUCCGACAGAUUGACAAAGAACGUGGCCGAAGUUCCUGAGGCCGAAGAGCCACUGCCCAAAUCGAUCUAUCCUCUUGCUUCCGUGCCACACGACUGGCUCUUCAAGCGCAUUGAUGCUGCAUGCCAUCAUGGAGGAGCCGGGACCACUGGCGCGAGCUUACGAGCUGGCAUCCCAACAAUCAUCAGACCUUUCUUCGGAGAUCAAUUCUUCUGGGCUGAUCGCGUUGAAGCACUGGGCGUCGGCACUGGUGUGCGGAAGUUGACAGUGGACAGCAUGGCUGAGGCUCUUAUCGCUGCCACGACAGAUCACAAACAGAUAGAUCGGGCGAAACUAGUUGGCGAGCAAAUCCGUUCAGAGAAUGGUGUUGCCAUUGCCAUCGAAGCCAUCUACCGUGAUUUAGAAUAUGCCCGCUCACUCAUUCGACGAACAGUCCACGAAGAUGCUGUUGAUGCAGAAGAUAGCACCAUUCGAGAGCACGACCAAUCCCUUUCUUCACUUUCCAGUCGACCCGAAACACGAUCUGAGGAAAGCUCUGGCAAUGGUGCUCCCAGCGAGUCCGGUGGCGGUGCCCCUAGCGAGGAUUGGAGCGUUAUCUCUGAUCAAGAUAACACACGAUCUUCGACGAGCUCGUCACGGCAUAACGAAGGAAAGGAUAGAACGUUGUCUCCCAAACGUAGCAGUCUCACUGCGGCCGUUCUAUCUGUCCUACCUGACGCGCUAACAACAUCAGGCCACCGCCGCUCUCGCUCGGCUUCAUCCGUCUCCACUGGGUGAUACAGAAGAUAUCCCUUGUCUCCUUGUGACAAGCCUAGACGCGCCAACAUGCCUUAACUAUUUUCACUAUAUCAUUUCCACGUCGGGGUCGUUUUACAGUAUUGUACAUCUAUCGUGUGCCAAUUGUGGAAUCAGUACUAGAGUCUCUUCCACGGACGGAUACAUGCCUUACUUUACUGUACAACAUUCUCGCUAUAAUGUUUAUCAAAUAUACGCUUGC